AUGGACGAAUCUCACAGUGAUCAACUACUGGAUUAUAGUGACGCAGUGCGCAGGAUUUUAUCAGCAAGUAGGUCAUCACUAGACCGUUCUGGUCGCCUUCAUCAAAGGAGCCUUCCCAUGACAACCGAAGACAGUUCCUGGCAAGGCGGAGCAGCAGCCUUGCAGGAUUCUUUGGACGAGCCUCGCACCAUCCCUCCAGUAGCAGAAGGCUCGCAGAAGCCUAAUACAGCCGAUGGCUAUCUAACCUCAUCUAUGUUGGAGUUAGCAAACUCUAUGAUCCACCAACCACGCCAAUCUCCUGUUGUCGAGAUUUUAUCUCAAGCGCGACUAGAGAUAGAAAGAAAUCGUCAAGAAAUCGACUUGCUACGCGCAAGCCUGUCUACAAAAGACAAACGGGUGACAAGCUUAGAGCAUGAGCUGGAUGCGUCCAGACAGCUUGCUUCCUCACUAACAGAUCAGCUCAAAGCGCAGAUCCAGGUUGCAUCAUCGGGAUCUGUGCACGAUCCAGUGCUACUAGCAUACUCAUUUAGUAUGCAGACAAUAGGCCCUGCUGUCUUGGAUACUGGGCUCCAGGCGGAUAACUUGAAUGAUAACACAGAUCACAAGGAAGUAGAGAGAUUGCAAGCAAAAUUAGAGCAGAUUACAAGUGAAUAUGAGGCACUGAAGAUGGAGCAUGAAGACUCCCAGCUGAGGUUGGCGUCGGCCAAAAGCGAGAACGAAUUCACUUCAUUCAAAGCAUUCCUCGAGUACAAUCAACUGAAAACUGCACACGAAAAUGCACUUACGCAGAUCAAUGCUGUCGAAACAGAAAACAGCCUGAUGGAUCAUCAGGUGAAAGAGCUGACCUCUCAGCUUGAGAUACUAAAAGAGGAGAACGGCAAGCUUCUUUCUAAGGUGUCGGCCCUCGAAACAGAAGCUCUAAGCAUACAGACACGGUAUGACUCUGUCAAGGAGCAGAGCAGCAUCUUGUGCACGGAGAGUAAAAAGGUCGAGGAGUUGCUUAAGCAGCGAAUAAACAAUUGUCUGGAUGAGUUGGUAGCAGCACGAACAGAAAGUGCAGAAAAGUCAAGUCGACUUGACGAUUGCACAAAUGCAUACAUGAAAAAGUCAGAAGAGUUAGCAGCGGAGACGCAGCGAUUCAAAUCGCUGUUGCAGGAAGCUGCAGAUUCCAACGAGCAGCUUGUAAGCCAGUGCAGAGACUUGGAAGAACGCUUGGCCAAGCAACAGACAGCGCAUACGUCCGCAAGCAACGCUGUUAGUACAGCGCUGGUAGAGGCACAAAAGGGUAAAGAGGCACUUGAAAGCGAAGUAAGCGAUGUACGCACGGCGCUCAGUCAAGCCAUGGAUGCGAUAGAAGUUCUGAAAGCCGAAAAUGCUUCUUUACGGAAGAAUACGGAGAAGAGCAACAUAUCAAUAGCUGCACGGAUGGAUGCGGCCAUAUUAGCAAACAAGGCCAGUUUCGAGCUGCGAAUAGCUCAACUAGAAAGAGAAUUGGACGGAGCCCGCUCCGAGACAUCUGUAGUCAAUAUAAAGCUCGCAACCCAGACAGCGCUAGUGGGGCAAUCUCAGAAGGAAAUUGACAUUCUUAAAAUAUCCUUAGCAACGGCAGAAAAUACUAUUUCAACGCUGCAGCAAGCACUGGCCACAUAUACCGAGGAGGGGAACCUUAAACAGCAAUAUGAUGCAACAACAGAGCAAAAUGUAAAGCUCGCUGAAAGGGUUAAAGAGCUAGAAGUAGAACUGGAUAAGCGGAAAACAAAGGAGCACGCCCUGAGCAAAGACCUCGAGUUUCUUAAAGAAAGCGCUGAUAACUUGGCGAGAAAAUGUGAACGUAGAGGUUCAGCCAAGUCUGAGCUACAGAAUGCACUAAAAGAAAGGGAUGCACAGUUGUCAGAGAAGGCUGUAGAGUUAGAAGUUCAAAAGUCCGAGUUUUCUGCACAGAUUGCCCUAUUGGAGGCUCACGCUCAGAGCGAUGCAGAACAACUGCGGAAGCUUAGCUUAGAAAAGGAAGAGCUGAACUCACAAAUAAACGGCCUGAAGCAAGAUGUUGCCAAACUCCAGAUAGAGUUGGACAAAAAGGACAUACAAACAGAGCAGGCCCGCACAAAUACUAUCAAUACCAUUAACUCCAUAUCGGCUGAGAACAAGUCACUUCUUCUCCGCCUUGAGCAAGCCACUGAUGAGACAUCCCGGUUACAACUGUCCAGCCAAAAGGCCACCACAGACAUCAUUCACCUUAAGCAAGAGAUGGAGCAGCUCAGACAAGAGAAUUCAGGCCUUCGCAUGGAGUUAAAGGAGGCACUUACAAAUAAGAACAAAAUAGAAGCCCAAGCGAAUGCUGAUGUUGAUGCAUUGACUGCACGGAUAAGUGAGAUGGUUAAUGAAAGAAAUGCUUACGAAAAAGAGCGACAGGAGCUGAUGACUCUGUUAGAAGACAAGGAGUCGAGUCUGGACGCUGCACAGAUAACAAUUUCCAGCCAGAUAAGCCACAAAAGGAUCGCAGAGUCUUUAUGCACAGAAAAUAGCGCACUCAGGCUAGAACUGGAGCAGAUUCGUCUCAACUCUGAACAGCUUAUUACUGAAUCGAGACGGCAAAACGAAGAGUUGCUGCGUAAAAAUCAUUCCGUGCAACGUGCUCUCAACGAAAAAACACACGCACUUGAUAUGACGGUAGGCUUACUGAAGGAAGGCAAAGACACAGUGCAGCAGCUUCAGCAGGAAAAGGAUAUGCUGUUGAAGAAAAUCGCUGAGCAGCAGGGGCUUGUGGGGUCUCUUCAAAGCAAGCUUGUUGCAAGGGACGCAGAACACGCCUCCCAACUGUUACAACUGGAGCUCCAGACCCAGGAGUAUGCAACAGAGCUACGACAACUUACGGACCUUCACAAGAACUAUCGCAAAUCCAUCGAGGCAGGAGAUAUCGCGGUCGCAGAAAAGCUUAAUGCGCUGGCAGAGAUCAAUAGGGAGAUAAGCCGAAGCUCUCAUAGCAGAACACCUACAUCACUCUCUACCGUAGACAGUAUUAACGAGGGUAAUUUGAGCAAGUCUACUAGAGCUCCUUUCGCGUCUAACAUAUCGAGUAAGCUGGGACUAUCAGGGAUAGGUGGCCACGGUUUCCGGGCCAAGGAAAAGCCUGCUUCUGCCUCAUCAAAUUGGGAUGCCGUUGCUAGCAUAGAUGAAGAAGUCACGCGGCUCACCAUGCUUCGAGAGGAGCUCCAGCGCUCUAUGCAGGGCAACAAGCACCCAAUAAAGUAUACCGAGUGA